GUGGUGGUGGUGGUGGUGAUGGGAGCGAGCCUGGCCGUGACGCCUGCCGACGGCGCUGCGGUUGAGCUCCACCUUGCGGCUUACAACGCGCAGGUGUGGGGCGUGACCAAAGCCGGCAAGGCCGAGGUGGUAGAGCGGACGGUGGCCAUUAUCCGACGGUACCACAUGGUGUUUUUCCAGGAGAUCCGCGAUGCAUCGCAGACAGCCAUCUUUGUCCUGCUCGACGCGGUCAAUGCCGCCGUCGCCGCUGAUGGCCGAGAGUAUCACUACGACAUGCUGCUCUCGCCGAGACUGGGUCGGACAUCGUCCAAAGAGCAGUAUGCGUACAUCUUCCGCAACAACUCGGUGGUGGUCGACUCUGCCGGGGUCUUUGACGAGAGCCUCCUCUCGCACGCCGAUGUCUUUGAGCGCGAGCCGUACCUGGCGUCGUUCCGGGUUCUCGGCGCGGCGGCGAGUGCGCCGCUCCUCGACUUUGUCGGCAUCCACGUCAAGCCAUCCGACGCCAUCUUUGAGCUCGGCAACAUGUCUGCCGUCCUUGACACCCGCCCACGCCCAGCCAUUGUGCUCGGCGACCUCAACGCCGAUUGCUCGUACCUCUCGGUCGCCGAGGCCACUUGCUGCGUCCCACUCUACGCCGAUCCUGACUACACUUGGCUCAUCGAUUGGUCGGUCGACACCACCGUCAAGUCGACGCAUUGCGCCUACGACCGCUUCAUCCUCCCGGCGCCCUAUCUCCCUUUCCUCCGCCCGGGAUCCGCCGUUCCUUUCGACUUUGCUGCCGCCUUCGGCCUCGACGCUGCUGCGGCCGAAGACGUCUCUGAUCACUACCCCAUCGAGCUUGUCCUCGACUACCCGGCUGCUGAGGCCGUGCCGCCCGGGCCACCCCCACCGCCACCACCAUCGCCCACAGCGCUCCCGCCUCCACCUGCCUCAACCACCACCCCCGCCUCGACUUCUAUAUCGAAUGGCACAGUGCCUGCUCCGUCACCGUCGCCGCUUGUCACCUCGUCAGGCGCUGUCGUCAUUGCCGCCGCUAUCGGCGUCGGCUGCGUCAUCGUCACCGCCGCCGUUGUCGUCUUUAUCCUCCAUCGCAAGAACCGGCUCUGCUUCGCCAUUCCCAAUUACGACCUUGACACCAUGCUCGACGCCUACGGCCCAUCUGCCAGCGAGCCGUAG